AUGGCCCCCCACGCCAUGGUGCCGCCCAACUACUUCGACGUCGUGAGGCACAUCGACGACGGCAAGAGCAGCUCCGUGUACCACUGCCGUGACGUGCGCGAGAGCGACCCCUCCGCCGCGGACGUGGCGAUCAAGUUCAUCCCGCGCGGGCCCGAGACGAUCGACGAGCGCGUGCUGAGGGAGGUGCUGAUCGUGCGGAAGCUGCAGCACAAGCACAUCGUGCGGUUCCGGGAGGCGCACCUGAACUCGCGCCACCUGUGCCUGGUGUUCGACUACGUCCCCGGAGGCAACCUGGAGCAGUUCGUGGACAGCCGCGGGGGCACCCUCCCCGAACACCUGGCGCGCUACUUCUUCCAGCAGCUCGUGCUGGGGAUGGACUUCCUGCACCGGGUUCCCCCCUACGGCAUCAUGAACCGCGACCUGAAGUUGCGCAACAUCCUGGUGGACGACCCCACCAGCGAGUUCCCCAUCCUGUCCAUCUGCGACUUCGGCUUCGGCAAGGAGAGGGACCCCUGCGUGCCGACGGUCAGUGCCGUGGGCACGCCGUUCUACUUCGCGCCGGAGAUACUCUACCGGUCGAGUUGGGAAAUGAGGUAUGAUGGGAAAAUGACAGACAUCCAUGGGAUGGGCGUCAUUCUUUACAAGAUGCUGUAUGGGGAAUUCCCUGAGUUCAACGAGACUGGUGGGGAGACGCUGGAGGAGAAGCUGCUCCAGCUGAAGGUUAAUACCACAAAGCUCGAUAAGUCUCCUCCCAGCCUGCGAGCAUUGAUGCUGGGCCUUCUGGAGCCCGUCCCAAGUCAGCGGUGGAGCGUCGACAAGGUGUUCAAGAAUGAGUGGUUCUGCCUGGACUUGGAAGAGGGCAGUGCAGCAUUGAGGCAGUACAAUGAUGCCAUGCUGGCACAGUACAACCAAUGGGAGGACUCAAGAAGGGAGGUGCAGAGCGUGGAGCGACUGAAGAUGAUGGUGAACAAUGCACGUGCCGAGGCUCUGUAA